GUUUUUGGCAGACUCCCACGUGGAGAAUGGAGUCAAUUUGCGCGUUUCGGGACCCUCUUUUCCCACAUUGUUUCCGACGACACGGACGUCAGAUGCCGUGACACCCGGGAUGGAGGGAGAAACUUGCUCAUAGUAAUGCUCGUGCCGAUCUUCCACUCGACGCUAUCAUCUAACUCGUGGAGAUGAGAGAAACUGUCUUCAAUGAUAAAUCAUAUCAUGCCGCCGUCAAUGUGAUCCGCAAGAUUUUGCCAAUUUGUCUAUCAGAAUCAAUCACUGUAAGGUAGAAGCAACAAAUAAGUCGACUGCACCUACACACAUCGACACAAGCCGAAAUUCAAAGCUUUCCUACUUCGACGAAAAUAGACCCUCUCCGUAUUACUCGACAGAAUCAUUCGAUUAUCGUUCUAAACCUGACCGGGAUGGAUAUGAACAUGGCAACCAGCACAGCCAUGGCGAUGGCUACAUCGACUAGUGCUGCCUCCGGCGAUAUGUCGAGCAUGUCAAUGUCAAUGUCCGAAAUGGCCAUGACAUUUUUCGAAGCCUUCCAAACACCUCUAUACUCAGACGCAUGGACACCGACAAGUCCCGGUCAAUACGCCAGCACCUGCAUCUUCCUCAUCGUGUUAGGCUCCAUCUUACGCCUGCUACUCGCUCUGAAGCCAGUACUCGAAGACCGCUUCUGGAGAAAUUACCCCGCAUACGAAUCAGACAAGCAGGCCUUGACAAGUCACCAUGCGGAGAGUGUUGAGCCAGGUCAGGCUGGCUCGGUGAUCCGCAAAGAUAUUAUUGGGCGAUGGAAAGGGUGGCGGGCUGGUGCCGCCGCCGCGAGGGCAACAUACGAAGUCAUUGUGGGAGGCAUUGGAUAUCUCUUGAUGCUUGCGGUUAUGACGAUGAAUGUUGGCUACUUCCUCUCCGUGCUUAGUGGUGUUUGGCUGGGCACAUUUCUACUUGGGGGCCUAGCAGGUGGCAGUCCGACUAUUCAUUGCUAGAACAGAUAUUUGAGAUCAAUGACAGCGAUGAAAUUUUGUUAUAUCGAAGCCUUGCCCUUCGCAGACAAAACGUUUUAUUAAUCAUGCAUGUGAUGUGUGGGACUGUGGAUACCUGAGGCAGUGGCUGGUGCCCC